AUAACAUAAUAAUAUAAACUUGCAAUAAUAUAGAGGAAUAGAUAUAUACCUAAUUGUCGUCGGGAUCCGGCGACGGCCCGCGGACCUUAUCAGCUCCCCAGCAUUUAGUUAGUUACCCCACCAUCCACGCCGAUAAUCAAAUCCAUCGCGGCUGGCCAAUUUUCCUGAUGCUUCGACCCCAGGUUUGAGCCUAAGUUGCGGGAUGACUUGAUACCUUGCAUCUAACACCUCUCUUCUUUCUUUCCAUCUUAUAUCUCCUUCCUUCUCCCCGCAUUGAGGCUGCGGUACAAUCAUCACUCCGGGCGCUUAUCAGCAUCCAGUCUGGCGGUCCGUGUCGUUCUGAAAACGUCUAGAUCACAGAGCUCUGUGCGUUUUAGAAACGUUCACGAUGCAGCUUAUUCCGAAAGAGCUUGACAAGCUCGUCAUCACCCAGCUGGGAUUUCUGGCACAACGUCGUCUGGCACGCGGUGUUCGACUGAAUCAUGCUGAAGCUACCGCUUUGAUUUCUGCCAAUCUACAGGAGCUUAUCCGCGAUGGAAACCAUACCGUCGCAGACCUAAUGUCCACAGGAAAGACCAUGCUUGGUCGCCGCCACGUUCUUCCCUCAGUCGUGUCUUCUCUGGUUGAGCUCCAGGUCGAAGGCACAUUCACCACGGGAACGUAUCUAGUCACGGUGCACCAUCCCAUCAGCACUGAUGACGGGGAUCUGGAAAAGGCGCUGUAUGGUAGCUUUCUGCCAAUUCCUCCAAAGGAAGCGUUUCCGGAUAUCGAUCCUAGUGAUUAUGAGCCGGAAAAGAUGCCGGGUGCUGUGAUUCCGGUGAAGAAUAAGAGGGUGGUCUUGAACGAGGGAAGGAAGAGGAUUAAACUGAAGGUUAUGAGUAAGGGAGACCGACCGAUUCAGGUUGGAUCCCAUUUCCACUUCAUUGAGACCAAUCCAGAACUACACUUUGACCGGAUCAAGGCCUAUGGAUAUAGGCUGGAUAUACCAGCUGGUACUUCGGUCCGUUUUGAGCCCGGAGACACCAAGACCGUGACGCUGGUGGAAAUCGGCGGAAACAAGAUCAUCUGCGGUGGAAAUUUCCUAGCGUCAGGGCAGAUCGACCUGGGCCGAGCCGAUGAGAUCGUGAAGCGCCUCCAGUCGGAGGGUUUUGCACAUGUUCCUGACCCUACUGCCGACAGCUCGUUGAUUGAACCGUUCUCUAUGGAGCGCGAAGCAUAUGCACGCAUGUUCGGCCCCACUACGGGAGACUUGAUCAGACUGGGAUCUACUGACCUUUGGAUCAAAAUCGAAGAGGACCAUACAGUCUACGGUGAUGAGUGCACAUUUGGCGGAGGCAAGACUCUGCGAGAAGGAAUGGGCCAGGCAACGGGAAGAUCUGCGGUCGAAUGUCCAGACACCGUCAUUACCAAUGCAGUGAUUGUCGACUGGUCCGGAAUCUAUAAGGCUGAUAUCGGAAUAAAGGAUGGCAAUAUCGUGGGUAUUGGCAAGGCUGGAAAUCCUGAUACAAUGGACGGCGUCCAUCCUGGUUUGAUUGUUGGUUCCUCUACCGAUGUUAUUGCUGGAGAGAACAAGAUCGUGACUGCUGGUGGUUUCGACACGCAUAUCCACUUUAUUUGCCCUCAGCAGGUGGAUGAAGCGCUUUCCUCUGGUAUUACGACGAUGCUGGGAGGUGGAACCGGCCCAAGCACCGGUUCGAAUGCCACCACUUGCACGCCAGGGCCCGUCCAUAUGCGUCAAAUGAUCCAAGCAUGCGACAACCUACCAAUGAACAUUGGUAUCACCGGAAAAGGCAACGACAGCGGAAAGAUCAGUAUCGAGGAGCAGUGUCGUGCUGGUGCGGCUGGACUGAAACUACACGAAGACUGGGGCUCUACUCCUGCGGCCAUUGAUACCUGUCUCGACGUCUGCGAGAAAUACGACGUCCAGUGCAUGAUUCACACGGAUACUUUGAACGAGUCCGGGUUCGUGGAGCAAACCAUCAAGUCUUUCAAGAACCGUACGAUCCACACUUACCACACAGAAGGCGCUGGUGGAGGACACGCCCCCGACAUUAUAUCUGUCGUGGAACACCCGAAUGUACUUCCCAGUAGCACAAACCCCACUCGUCCUUUCACUUUGAACACGCUUGAUGAGCAUCUCGAUAUGUUGAUGGUCUGCCACCAUCUGUCGAAGAAUAUUCCCGAAGAUGUCGCUUUCGCCGAAAGUCGCAUCCGCGCCGAGACAAUCGCUGCGGAAGACGUGCUCCACGACCUCGGUGCCAUCAGCAUGAUGUCCUCUGACUCGCAGGCCAUGGGUCGCUGCGGUGAAGUUAUCCUACGAACUUGGAACACAGCCCACAAGAACAAGGUCCAACGCGGUCCGCUGAAGGAAGACGAGGGGACCGGCGCGGACAACUUCCGCGUCAAGAGGUACAUCAGCAAGUACACCAUCAACCCAGCCAUCGCGCAGGGCAUGUCCCAUGUCAUCGGAAGUGUCGAAGUAGGCAAGGUGGCCGACCUGGUGGUGUGGAACCCGAGCACAUUUGGAACUAAGCCUGCUAUGGUCUUGAAGAGUGGAAUGAUUGCAGUCGCGCAGAUGGGCGAUCCCAACGCAUCCAUCCCGACCGUCGAGCCAAUUAUCAUGAGACCACAAUUCGGAGCCCUCCUCCCCAGCACAUCCAUCAUGUUCGUCUCUCAAGCCUCCAUCGAUCUCGGCAUCAUAGAAUCAUACCACCUGAAGAAACGCGUCGAAGCCGUCAAGAACUGCAGAGACAUUAGCAAGAAAGAUAUGAAAUAUAACGAUACAAUGCCAAAAAUGAAGGUUGAUCCAGAGAGAUAUACCGUUGAAGCGGACGGCAUGCUCUGUGAAGCGGAACCGGCGUCUUCGUUGCCUCUUACGCAGCAGUAUUAUGUGUAUUGAUGAUGGAGGAGCUAUGUUAAUUUCGGAAGGGUUGGUUGAUUGUUUUUGCUAAAAAGGGGCCCCAAGGGGGAAGGGACAGAACAAGAAGACAUGAUUCACACAACCUGUUUUUGUCACUCUAGUAUAGUAUAGUAUGCUUAUAUACAUACUGACGGGAUAAAAAGUCUCGGUCAAUUCAAUUCUAUUUUCAUUAUCAU